CUUUAUCGUAUUUUGAAAUAAGACGGUGAUAGCUGAAAAUAUAUCCUGAUUUUCUAAUCAGUACUCGAGUUAAUGGUGUGAUGGUAGACCCCGAACAUUUUCAUAGUAUAGUGCAUACUAAAUUAUUAUCUAAUAGUUGAAUUCAUGAGUCGAUUAAAUCUAGAUAACCAUGGAGAACCCUUAAGUAUUGGGCAACCGUCUCGUCCUAGCAUUGGCCUCCUCAGCAGUGCGAAUCCACGAUCUCGCCUUGCAAGAUUUAAACUCACGACGUUCGGUGUGGCGGGCGAGCGCUUAACCUACAAACCACUGAGUUGGCAUACAACGGUGUUAAUGUCUAACGUUGGUCAAUUCACGAAAUUGCGCCACCGUUCAUCGUUGUCUUCAGUGAGUUCCCAUCUCAAAACAGAUCCGGCUAAAUUAAUUGUUUUGUUCGAAAUUUUAUUAUCAUUAGAAAGUAAUUUAUUGAUUAUCACUUAACACAACACAAUUAUAAGCGAUUGUAUAACUUCAGAAUAAAACUGAUUAAUAGAAAUCUAUUGCACAAAGAAGUAGCUGUCAGGACUCAGCAGCUUAGUGGAUAACGCGAUGAUGAUUAGAGCGAACGAUACUGGGAUGGAAUCUCAGGGUGAAAACCAAUCCUGAGAUGCAGGUACAUCAAGCUGAUAUGUCCCAAUUAGUAAGAAACGCGCUUUAAACAGGAUUUCACAGCUAGCCAUUGUUCAUCUUUGCUAAUAAUUUGAACUGUCACAAAAUCUGUCAAUACAAUGCACAACGUUAUUUUAACGAAAAGACACUGG